AUGUCUUGCCUCCCCAGUCCCGUCAUCUCCCUGGAGGUCGACACCAUCGCCCGCACGCUGGCCGCCACCGAAUACCAGGCUAUCGGCUACAGCACCGGUGAGCAAGCCAACCCCAAAGCCGACGAUAGCUCCCACGGUCCCCGUCCAGGACUUGAGUGCGUGGCCAUUUACGUAUACCUGCCGACGGAAGAUGGUCGCUCUCUCAACCAGGCCGAUGUAGCAUUAUCUGCAAGGGCGGAACUGUUCGGCCUUGUCUGA